AUGCAUAUCUCCUUUGCUUACCUUGGCUUUGUGCUUGCUGCCUCCGCUGCUGCCGGUUCGCAUCAUUUGGCAAGAACCGAAACAGUUGCUCGGUUGAGCGUUCGCAGUGAAGAACAGGCAGGCCACAAAGACGAUCUCAAGAUGAAGUGCUUUGGUGGCGGCUGUGGUGGUGGUCUUCCUAUCCCUGGGCCCACUUCAUGCUGGAAUGCCCCGGUCGUCUUCCACGGCGGCGGAGGUCUACCCCCAAUGAACACCUUCUUUUCAACCGUUCAAAGCUACACUGUGAUCACCUCCAACACCGUCAACAUCUGGAACGGUGGCCUAGACCCCCAAAGCAUCUUACUUCAGUUCCAAAUCAUGGUGACCAGUCUUUCAACUCUGUUCUCCACCUUACAAGGCGGAUGUUCCUUCCAAGGAAACCCUCAAGUGUUCAUCUCCACUUUUGCCCCGAUGAUCAUCCAAAUACAAAGUAUGAUCACAAUUAUCACCACUCAAUGUGCUGGUACUAUUGCUGCCUUCCAAUCCUCCUUUGCUGUUCUAUCUGUUUUGGUGCAAUCAAUCAUUGGUGUGGCCUGUAACUUCAAUCCUCAACUCUGGUCACCUCUUGGCUUCCCAGUUGAUAGCUGGAUCCACGGAGUUCCUGGUGUGUUCCCCGGAGGUCCUGGUGUGUUCCCCGGAGGUCCUGGUGUGUUCCCCGGAGGUCCUGGUGUGUUCCCCAGAGGUCCUGGUGUGUUCCCCGGAGGUCCUGGUGUGUUCCCCGGAGGUCCUGGUGUGUUCCCCGGAGGCCCAGGUGUAUUCCCCGGAGGCCCAGUUCCAGUACCUGGCGGUGUCCCAGUUCCAGUACCUGGCGGUUUCCCAGUUCCAGUACCUGGCCCCUGCUUCCGACCACUUGGUCUCCUUGGUACCUUACUCCAUGUCCUCCUUGUAAUCCUUGAGCCUCUCUUCCACGGCCUUGGUGCGCUCUUACAAGGUGUCGGUCUCCUCGUUGCCAAUCUUGGUGCCGCUGUGGGCGGUCUUCUUGAUGGCGGUCUUCUUGGUUUGAUUUAG